AUGAAAAAUGAACAUUUAAUCAUGCCAGAUAACAGAUUAACAAAUAACAUUGAAUCAUCUCAAAUAAGUUCAUUAAUCGACGAUCAUAACCAAUCAUCAGAUUAUAUACCGCAAACUACAUCGACAGUGAUUAAUGAAAAUAAACAUGUAGAAGUUAAAAAUAUUCGUGCACGAGAUCAUUGGAGUAGUCGAAUUGUUUAUCUGUUAUCAAUUAUUGGAUUUGUUGUUGAUCUAGGUAAUGUUUGGAGAUUUCCUACAACAUGCUAUCGUAAUGGUGGUGGUGCAUUUCUUAUACCAUAUUUUACAUUUUUAUUUCUUGUUGGUCUACCAUGUAUGUACAUGGAAUUAGCCAUAGGUCAAUAUCAUCGAUUGGGUUAUAUAACUGUUUGGAAUAAAGUUUGUCCAAUGUUGAAAGGUAUUGGCUAUUCAAUGUUAAUUAUAAAUAUUUAUGUUUUAUCCUAUUAUAACACUAUUAUUGCCUGGUCUAUCUACUAUUGUUUCGCAUCAUUUCGCACUAUUGUACCGUGGACAUCAUGCAAUAAUUCAUGGAAUACACCUAAUUGUUAUUCAGUUUAUCAAUCCAAUGUAACUUUGUCACAUAAUCAAUCGUGUUCAUCAGCCGAAGAAUACUACGAACGACGAGUGCUACAAUCUCAAAAAUCGAUGGGUAUCAAUGCUCUAGGUUCACUACGAUGGGAACUUGUGGGAUGUUCGGUGAUUGUUUUUAUUCUCAUUUAUGGAUCUAUUUAUAAAGGUGUUAAAACAGCAGGCAAAGCAAUUUGGUUUACCGCUUUAAUACCGUAUGUUGUAUUAGUCAUAUUAUUAUUGCGUUCAUUUACAUUAGAAGGUAUUAUGGACGGUUUAAAGUACUAUAUUUAUCCUACAUUUGAUAAAUUAAAAGAAUAUUCUGUUUGGCAAGCUGCUGCUGUUCAAAUAUUUUUCAGUUUGGGUCCAGGCUUUGGUGUCCUAUUAGGUUACGCUAGUUAUAGUGAUUUUCACGAUAAUGUUCCACGCACUGCUAUAGCAGCUAGUUUAAUUAAUUGUUUUACCAGUUUAUUAUAUGGUAUUGUUAUCUUCUCUGGCAUUGGUUAUUUAUCACAUAGACUUAACUCAGAUGUGAGAAAAUUUGUCGAGGGUCAAAUGAGCCUAGUAUUUAUUGUUUAUCCUGAACUUCUCUCAUCGAUUAA